AUGAACGCUCCGCGAGUUGUAGCGUUGGCGGGAGGCGUCGGCGGAGCGAAGCUUGUGGUCGGGCUGGCCCAGUGCCUGCAGCCCGGUAAACUCGUCGUAGGAGUUAACACCGGAGACGACGAACUAUUCCAUGGCCUGCAUGUGUCUCCCGACCUUGACACCAUGAUGUACACUCUGGCCGGCCUCUCCAAUCCUGAGACCGGUUGGGGUCUGCAGGGCGACAGUUUCGGGGCCCUUUCAAUGCUGCGCCGUUAUGGUGUUGAUGCCUGGUUCAACCUGGGUGACGCGUGA